AUGGGGACCGGAGCAGUUUGCGGGAGGGGGCAGCUUUCCCUCCUCUCCCUCCUCCUCGUCCUCGCCCUCCUGGCCGCGCCGCACUCCACGGGUGGGCAGCUGCGCUACGCCAUGCCCGAGGAGCUGGAGCACGGAGCCUUCGUGGCCAACCUCGGCGAGGACCUAGGGCUGGACGUGUCCACGCUGUCGGCGCGGCGGUUCCGCAUUGUGGCCGGGGCCGGGGUGAGGCAGCACCUGGAGGUGAACCUGGAGAAUGGGAUCCUCUUUGUGAACGAGCGGAUCGACCGGGAGGAGGUGUGCGAAACAGGGGGCACCUGCCUGCUCCACCUGCAGCUGCUCGUCGAGAGCCCUCUGGAGCUGUACCGUGUGGAGGUGGAGGUUCUGGACAUCAAUGACCACGCUCCCACCUUCCCCUGGCAGGAGUACGUGCUUGAGGUGGCUGAGUCCGCCAUGCUGGGUGCUCGCUUCCCGCUCGAGAGCGCCCAGGAUCCUGACGUGGGCACCAACUCGGUGCACACCUACCAGCUCAGCCCCAAUGGCUUCUUCUCGCUCGAGGUGCAGACACGCAGCGACGCCAGCAAGUUUGCAGAGCUGGUGCUGGAGCGUGCCCUAGACCGCGAGCAGCAACGCACACACCGGCUGCUGCUCACCGCGCUCGACGGUGGCAUCCCCAGGCGCUCGGGCACAGCCCAUGUCCUUGUCACCGUGCUGGAUGCCAACGACAAUAUUCCUGCCUUUGACCAACCCUCGUACGGAGUGAGCCUGCCUGAGGAUGCCCCCUCCGGCACCUUGGUCAUCCAGUUGAAUGCCACCGACCUGGACGAAGGCCCCAAUGGGGAGAUUGAGUACUCCUUCAGCGGGCAUGCGCCACCAAGCGUCCGAGAGCUCUUCCGUGUGGAGCCCCGCAGUGGGCAGGUACUGCUGAAGGGCCCCCUGGACUACGAGCGUGCCAGCCUGCAUGAGCUCUACGUGCAAGCCAAGGACCGUGGGCCCUCAGCGGUGGCUGUGCACUGCCGGGUGCUUGUGCACCUCCUCGAUGUGAACGACAAUGCGCCUGAGGUGACCCUCACCUCAGUUUCCACACCAGUGCAGGAAGAUGCCCCACCGGGCACCGUCAUUGCAGUCAUCAGUGUUCUGGACCGGGACUCCGGGGACAACGGGCGUGUGAGCUGUGAGCUGAGCCCCAGUGUGCCCUUCGAGCUCCGCUCCUCCUUCCGCAACUACUACACACUCGUUACCACGGAGCCGCUGGACCGGGAGGCAGUAUCUGAGUACAACAUCAGCAUCACGGCCCGGGACAUGGGAUCCCCUGCCCUGCUGACUCGCAGCACCCUCACUGUGCCGGUGUCCGAUGUGAAUGACAACGCCCCGCACUUCCUGCAGCCCUCCUACAGCGUCUACGUGAUGGAGAACAACGCACCAGGGGCCUCCAUCUGUUCCGUCAGCGCUCUGGACCCUGACUGCCAGCAGAACGCCUACCUGUCCUACUCCAUCACCGACGGGCACAUCCAUGGCAUGCCUGUGGGCACCUACGUGUCCAUCAACUCAGACAGCGGGCACAUGUAUGCCCUCCGCUCCCUUGAUUAUGAGCAGAUCCGCAGCUUCCAGAUCCAGGUGCAAGCACAGGAUGCGGGCUUCCCCCCACUCAGUGCCAACGUCACCGUGCACAUCUUCGUGCUGGACCAGAAUGACAAUGCUCCCGUCAUCGUGUCCCCCAUGCCACGCAAUGGCUCUGUGGCCACUGAGCUGGUGCCGCGCUCUGCUGGUCCUGGCUACCUGGUGGGUACAGUGUCAGCAGUGGAUGCAGAUGCAGGGCUGAACUCCCGCCUGUCAUACCAGCUGCUCCAGGCCACCGACUUCACACUGUUCAGCCUGGCACCAGACACAGGUGAGCUGCGCACCCUCCGCUCCUUCCUGGAGCAAGAUGCGGCCCGGCAGCGCCUGGUGGUGCAGGUGAGGGAUGGAGGGCAGCCAUCGCUCUCAGCCACUGUGUCCCUGCUGCUUUCCGUGGUGGAGACCAUGCCACAGACUCUCUCUGAUUUCAGCAACUUCAGCCUCCCCCCAGAAGCCUCCUCCUCCUCUCCACUCACCCUCUACCUUCUGGUGUCCCUGGGCUCCAUCUCCUUCACCUUCCUGCUGGCCAUCCUCAUCCUCACGGCCAUCCGGUGCCGUGGGAUGCGAUACCCCUGGCAGGGCGAUGGCUGCUGCUGCUGCCCCCGGCCCAGGCGCUCUCCUGAUGGCCUCAAGACAUCCAACCUGGCAGCACAGCCUGGUGCCAGCACAGCCGCCCACCUCGAUGUGCCCGAUGGUGGCCCCCCGGGCUACUGCUACAAGCUGUGCCUCGGGCCAGAGUCUGCCCAGAGCGACUUCAUGUUCCUCAAGCCCUGCAGCCUGCCCCGCAACAACGAGAAAGGCCCUGGGAACCUGCCUGCUGCUGGGAAGCGGUCCCGGCCAGGGCAGCCCCUCCAUGGCCCCAAGCAGAUAAAGCAGCCCAACACAGACUGGCUGCCCCCCAGCAUGCAACGACCUGCACUGAAGAGCUCCCAGAGCCUGGAGGACGUGGGGGAAAUCCACAGAGCCCUGCAGAAGGAGCACGAGAGGCUGUGCACGCUGGUGACCCCAGUCUCUGAGUUUCAGAAGGCCUCAGCGGGCACCAACAGCGUCUGGGCACCACAGUAUGGCCCCUUGUACCCGGGGCACAUCCCAGCCCCAGAUUACCAGCACAACGUCUACAUCCCUGGCACCCCAACUCUGCUUUCCAGUAAAGAUGGCCCCCUGGUUCCAGGCCGGGAGAACAAGAACAGCUUUUCCACCUUUGGCAAGAGGAAGAAAAUGACGACAUACUACGAUAUGCCUGACAGUGUGGUUAUCAACAACGACCUGAAAUAGUGUCUGGUGCCAGGCCUGGAUCACCCACAUUACGCUUCACUUCAGCUGCUGGGUCCAUCUGCAGCACACAGCUUCAUUCACGGACUGCUCCAGAGUUUGUAGGGCUGCCUGGGGGUGGGGAAAGGAGCAAGAGGAUGAGGCAGGGUGGGGGGUGAGGGAGGAGCAGGCAUUUCUCCUGUCUCUUGCAGAGUUGUGUUGGCAGCAGGUGCUGCUGGGGGUCCAGGUGAGCAGAUUUCAGCAAAUCUGCCUUGAGUUUACCCAUUCCCAUGUCCCCUUUAGGGGCGAUCUAUCUCUGUAAAUGUUGUCACUUUGUCUUGUCUGGCUGUGUGAAUGUACUGUGCUGCAUGCCUGUAUUUCUGCCUCAGGAAGCAGGGAGAUGUACACAGACCAAAUAUGGCAUCAGUUAGUGGGCAGCAAUCAGUGCCCUGCUCCUGGGACUCAGUAGGAGAUGCUGCACAUCCAGAGCUGGUGUCUGG